UGUUUAGUUGAUACCCAAGUAGUUUGUCCAGAGUCAGAUUAAAGAAGAGCUCACAAAAUGGCCUUAUUUUUACGCCAAAUAUCUCGUGCUUGUGGGAGCCGACUUCAGCUUUCACCUUCAUAUAACAACCUUGCUAUAGUUUCGUCUGUCCUUAAGGACGCUCGACACGGCUCAAUAAGAAACUCUUCCUCGAGCAGCACUGCCAAGCCCAAGACUGGAAUAAUGCUUCUCAAUCUUGGAGGUCCAGAAAAUUUAGAUGAUGUUCAUGACUUCCUACUUCGACUUUUUAUGGACAAAGACUUGAUUCCACUACCUGCACAAAAUCAACUUGCUCCAUGGAUUGCCAAGAGAAGAACACCCAAGAUUCAAGAGCAGUACAGAAAGAUAGGUGGAGGAUCUCCUAUCAAGAUGUGGACUGAGAAACAGGGCCAAGGAAUGGUGGAGCUGUUAGAUAAAAUGUCGCCUAGUACAGCUCCUCACAAGUAUUAUGUUGGCUUUAGAUAUGCCAAACCGCUGACUGAAGAUACCAUAGAACAGAUGGAAAAAGAUGGUAUUGAGAGAGCCAUUGCUUUCACUCAAUACCCACAGUAUUCUUGUUCAACCACUGGAAGCAGUAUUAAUGCAAUAUUUAGACAUUAUAAUAAGAGAUCGAGUGAAUCUAAGAUGACAUGGAGUACAAUAGAUAGAUGGCCUACACACCCAGGACUUGUAAAGACUUUUACAGACAACAUCAAGUCAGAGCUAGAACAGUUUCCUGAAGAUGUGCGCAAAGAUGUGAUCAUUUUAUUCUCUGCUCAUUCCCUUCCAAUGUCGGUUGUCAACAGGGGCGAUCCCUAUCCACAAGAAGUUGCCGCUACUGUCCAGAGAGUCAUGGAGGCACUAAAUUUCUCACAUCCAUAUCGACUUGUUUGGCAAUCCAAGGUUGGACCGCUACCCUGGUUGGGUCCACAAACUGAGGAUGCAAUAAAAGGUCUGGCAAAGAAUGGCAAGAAGAGCUUACUCCUUGUACCAAUAGCAUUCACAUCAGAUCACAUCGAGACACUCCAUGAACUAGACAUAGAAUAUGCUCAAGAUGUAGCCAAAGAGGCUGGAAUUGAACAUAUAAGAAGAGCUGAUUCGCUGAAUGAUAAUCCAACAUUUAUCCAGGCAAUGGCUGACAUCGUACUAGACCAUCUACAUUCUAACCAACCAUGUUCUCGGCAGAUGACACUAAGAUGUCCUAUGUGUGUCAAUGCUGUCUGCGGUCCUGCCAAAGAGUUCUUUGCCAAUCAAAAAGUAGUUGCUAACUAAUUUUUAGAUUAGAAUAGAGGCACAGCAAUAGAGCCC